GCUCGGUCGUCGCCAAAUCUCGUCCGACGCGUGUGCACCUCUGCAACACUGUUACGAUGAUAUUAUAUUAUUAUUAUUAUUCGUCGUCGUACGCGGCGCGAGUCGAAUGAAUUAUUAUUAUUAUUAUUAUUAUUAUUAAAAUAUAUUAACUAACCGAACACGGCCAAUUUAUUAUUAUUAUCAUUUAUUAUUAUUAUUAUUAUACACGAAGUAAUAAUGUGUUGUACACGAGCUCAAUAGGCUUCAGUGCACAUCGCGACUUGCACUGUCGUGGUCGUAAACGCGGCGCGCGCGGUGUUCUUGUGAACGCGAUACGCCGGUCGUAGUUGGAUUUCUCCUAUUCUCCUUCUCAUCGCAUCCGUUUUUACCAUACCACUAGAUAACCAACAACAUCAUCAUCACGAUGCACGUACGGCGUUGAUUCCGACCGCGAUUUUUCCGUUUUCAAGUAUGUCCGAAAAUGUCAGAUCGUCCACCGUUGAAAUUGUCAAAAACAAUGGUUAUACUGUUGAAAUACACAAUGUCGUCACGGACGAUGGUUACAUCUUGGAGUUGCAUCGCAUCCCGAGAAACAAGGGCGGAAAAGAACCCACCAGAAACCAUCCGGUGUUCUUACACCACGGCGUUUUGGGGAGCUCGGCCGAUUGGGUACUCGGCGGGGCCGAUAUAUCGUUACCGAUGCAACUAUCCGACGCCGGGUACGACGUGUGGAUGGCCAAUUGCCGGGGUAACACCUAUAGUAGAAAACACUCGUCGAUAAGUUUCAAGCAAAAAGAUUUUUGGAAUUUUAGCUUACACGAAGUCGGAAUGUUUGAUUUGCCAGCUUCGUUCGACUAUAUUCUAAUGAAGACCAAUGCCAGACAACUCCAUUAUAUAGGUUAUUCGAUGGGCACGUCCGUGUUUUACAUUAUGGCAUCUGAAAGACACGAAUACCAUCAAAAGAUAAGGUCGCAAAUCAGUCUUGCACCGGUCGCCUACUUGUUCAACACAAGAUCGUCUGUGAGACAUAUCGCUCCGUACGCCAAGAAGAUGAAUAAUAUGUAUAAAUGGGUUUCUAAUGGAAUGUUUUUGCCUCAAUCAAGGAUGCAAUCAUUGUUAGUAACUAACACGUAUGGAGAAAGAAUCGCACGGACUCUGUUUUGUCAAAAAAUCAUAUCUUUUGCUGUAUCUUCUGUGUGUGGUAGUGAAACGUAUAUUUUCGACCAUAAAUUGAUACCACUCGUCAUCGAACAUUUUCCAGCAGGAACAUCAGCCAAGCUUUCCACGCAUUUCGCACAGCUUGUAUUGAAAGACUGUUUUAGCCAGUAUGAUUACGGUCCAGCUAUGAAUUUACAACAUUAUAAUUCUACUGAACCUCCAACGUAUGACUUAAAAUCUAUACAAGUGCCCAUUGCGUUGAUAUAUGGAAAAAACGAUGUAUUGACCGACUUAGAGGACAUAAUGAGACUGAAAUCACAACUUCCAAAACUGAUAGACGUCGUUCCGGUCGACAGUCCGCGUUGCAACCACGUGGAUUUUUUGUGGAGCUUUGACGUGACCAAAAAAGUAAACGAGCAGGUAACGGAAAUACUACAAAAGACUGACCACGCGGACUGGGAGUAUACGGGUCCUCCAGCGGACCCCCAUGCAGAUGUCUACGAAACGGACGAAAACAGCAGUCGAGUGACUAAAGGCCAACAACCAAACUCGACGAACGACGAUCACGAAUUAGUGAACUUUGUUCAGGAAACGGACUACUCGUCGGGUAUAACUCCGGUGCGGCAGGACGACGAUGACGACGAAUCGGCGGAGAUUGUACGAGAACAGAGACUGAUGCAAAAGGUGCAAUUGUUCGGCAACUUGAUUAUGUUGUUGAAGUCCACUGAAAUGAAGUAUCACCGACUCCGGAACGGAUUGACCAGGGAGAUCUCAGGAUGGGCUCACAGAGCCCGAAAAGUGACUGGAACUCGUCACGCGGCAGCAAGUAAUUCUGCGGUUGUCGCCGGACCAGAAGACAAGCCGCCAGUCGGCUGUGCAGUCGCAGCGAAAACCGAACAACCCAUCACGGCGUCGCAAUUCUCCAAUAGAGCUGGUGAUUUCGACGAUUAUUGUGGUGAUCUGAACCAUACGGACGACCGUACGAUAACGAGACGCACACUUUACAGCACGUUCGGCAAUCUUGGAAGAGCGAUAAGGUUCUUGAAGUUCCGCCAUAAAUAGACGUGUAUUUCGCAAGACCUUUCGUAUAAUUUUUCUCUUACCUAUUAAAAUUUGUUUGGUUUUUUAAUAUUUAUAUUUACCUAUAUUGUAACAUCUAUAUACUAUACGCGUAAAUCGAGUUUUAUAUAAAUAUUUAUUUAUAUUGCGUAUAGAGAUACUGUACGCCUGGCGGACCUUAACAUUAUUUGUUUAUUAUGAUCAGUGCUUUUAUAUAUCUAAUUACAGGACUAUGCCUGUGACCGCAAUCGUCUUAAGUGUCACCGGAAGUACGACAUAGGGUAUAAUAUAUUGUAUCGCGGUUUGUAUAAUCUGUAGAGAGAUAACUUUUUAAUAAUAUAAUUGUUUUGUGAUUUAA